AUGAAUCACAAGCGGUCGGAUGAGAUACCUGUGCGACGUAUUCGCAUUUCCGAUCCAUCUCAAAUUCCUUCGAAUGUGGGAACGACGCCUGGUGGUACCUUAUUCAGUACGACACCUGGAGGAACUCGUAUCAUCUAUGAUCGAGAUUUCAUGCUUCAGUGCCGUAAUUCACCGCUCUCACGAACUCCUCCGGCAGAGCUAGAAAAGAUGCUCAAAGCUGUGAGCAAUCCGGAAUCGAAUCAUUCACAGCAAGCUGCGCAUACACAAGUCACAGAAACUCCUGAACCAAACGGACCGUCCAAAGGUGAUGAGAAUCCGUUCGAAAUGGAUGUGUGA